ACUACUUCCAAAUUUACAAUGUUUUGAUCACGUGAGAAACAGAAUGUGGUAAAAAAAGUAGUAAAAAUUAUACUAUUAAAUUAUUAUUUUUAAUAGGAAUUUCAUCACAAGCAGGUUUAACUAUCUUCAUCUGCCAAGAUGAUGAACGCAUUUGUAGAAAAUGUGAAAAGGAAGAUAAGUAAGAAAGUGGUUCCCGCAAAAGAUGGUGAUAAGAAAAAGAAGAAAAGGCCAAAGAAGAAGAAGGAAGAAAUUCUUGACGAUUCAGUCCCUGGAACAGUGUAUGUGGCUCACAUUCCUCACGGGUUUUAUGAAAAAGAAAUGCGUAAAUAUUUCUCCCAGUUCGGUAAAGUCCUUCGUUUGCGUGUGGCGAGAAGUCGCAAAACCGGUGGUGCAAAGGGAUUCGCUUACAUCGAAUUUGAAUGCAGUGAAGUUGCAAAAAUUGUAGCAGAGACCAUGAAUAACUAUUUGUUCUUUGAGAAAUUGCUAAAGUGUGAAUAUGUACCUCCUGAAAAAUUGCAUCCUAAUGCUUUCAAGGGAUGGAAACGGGGUGCUCUCACCAGCCGUACCCUCAGUAGAUUCAGACAGAACCAUAUUCGCAGCGACAAAGCUGUCAAGAGUAGCAGACAGAGACGAACAAGGAGACUAAAAAAGCUAAGAAAUGAUUUGAAAGAGCAAGGAAUUUCCUUUAAUAUAGAACCACUGUUGCAAAAGAAAUAAUAAAUCUAUUUCAUUUCAA